AUGGCUCAUCUUUCAACCGAAGCAAUGGCCAGUGCCUCGGCAGUCAAUGGCCAGACUAGCUGGUAUGGCGCAGGUGCCGCGGAAUUCGACCUGAGAAGCGAUACGAUGACGAAACCCACCCCGUCCAUGCUCAAUGCGAUCUGUCAAACGACAUUACUUGAUGAUGUAUUCAACGAGGACCCGACCACCAACGAGCUCCAGAGUUAUGUUGCCCAAAGAACCCAGCACGAAGAUGCGCUGUUGGUGCUAUCAGGGACCAUGGGCAAUCAAGUGGCUAUUCGCUCCCACCUGGCUCAGCCCCCACAUGCUGUUCUGUGCGACCAUCGGGCACACAUAAUUUGCUACGAGGCUGGUGGUGUCAGUGCUUGGACAGGGGCCACAGUUCAAACAGUGGUGCCGAAAAACGGAAUUCAUCUGACCUUGGAAGAUGUCCAAAAGUACGCCGUGCUCGACGAUAACAUUCACCAUUGCCCAACAAAGCUGAUCAGUUUGGAAAACACCUUGGACGGCAUGGUGAUGCCUCUGGCAGAAGCUCGGAGAAUUGUCGAAUGGGCACACUCGCAUGAUAUCAAGGUACACCUGGAUGGUGCAAGACUCUGGGAGGCGGUUGUGUCGGGGGCUGGUAGUCUGUCCGACUAUACUAGCCUCUUUGAUAGUGUUAGCUUGUGCUUCUCGAAGGGGUUAGGCGCUCCAAUCGGAAGCAUCAUUAUUGGCUCCAAGGCAUUUAUUAAGAAAGCUCGGUGGUUCCGCAAAUCUAUUGGCGGUGGUGCGCGUCAGACUGGCGUUUUUUCCGCCGCGGCUAGGAUAGCCUUAGAUGAAACUUUCGGAACGGAUCCUCACGGCAAAACCGGCCUUCUUCCUUCGACCCACACGAAAGCUAAGCGCAUUGCAGAAAUGUGGACCAGCCGCGGUGGUAAGUUGCAGUAUCCAGUGCACACCAACAUGGUGUGGUUGGACCUUGAAGCGUCUGGGGUAGGACCCAACGAUCUUGCGGUCAUUGGCCAGGAGGUAGGACUAAAGCUACUUGGAGGACGCAUGGUCUCGGAGGAAGCAAUUGCGCGCGUCGAGGAAGUGUUUGAUACUGCCAUGAAAGGGACUUACCAGCGCAGUGAGGAUCAGAGUAAACCCUAUGGCAGCAGCAAAGCAUGA